AUGGCGCGCUCCAGCAUCAAGAAGGAAGUCAAUGCGACAUCACCGACCGAGACUUCCGCUUCUUCCAUCAGCAGCGCUUCUCGUGCUCAAUCAGCCGACUACGAAACCCCUGGUACAACGCCUGGCGCAUCAGUCAAAGCCGACUUCUCUAACAAGCGCAAGCGGAGCCAACUUAGCAAGCAUGUCAUCCAGAUCGACGAUUCCGACGACGACAAGGAGGACGCGGACUUUGCGCUGGCCAAGCGGCUGCAGGAAGAGGAGUACAAGAAAGAAGAGCCAACGCUGAACCAGUAUCAAAGAAUGUUCAAGGUCGAAGACUCAGACGAUGAAAGUGUGCUUAGUGAGCCACUGUCGGUAGAGUCCGAGGAUUCGAUGCCUCUGGCCAAACGUGCGAAGAAGUCCUCUGGUCUGCAGCAUGAAUUGGAGGCUGCGCACAAGGGCAAAAUGGUCGCGCCUCCCGUGCCAGGCCCGAGCAAGAGUAGACAUAUCUCCACGCCAGUCCGCAAAGCUCGAGCUCUCGCACGCCGGUCCAUCGGUCAGACACUCAAGACGAAGGUCGAAGAUAGCGACUCCGACUUGACCUUGCUUAGUGAGCGUGACAGCGAGGAUGAGUUCGUGGGAGAGGAGUCCGAAGCCAUCUCCUCAGGCCUUAGUGAUGCCGAGUCAGAUAUGCUGGACAACUCCACGCGUAGCUCAACGGCCGCCGCAAAUGCUGCACCUCGCAAUACAUUAUCUCGCAAGCAAAGUCGUGGUCGCGGUAGACUCGCAGGCCGUGGACGUCGCUUUGGCAACAUCACUGCUAACGAUGCGGUCAAUAUUGCUGAAGAGCUCGGCGAGAUUCUACUCUCGCGGAAGGAGAAGGAGAGGAAGAAGCUGGAGAAGUCUCAUCCUGGUAUCAAGACCAUGUGGGACGAGCUUGGCAACAUCACAAUCAUCAAGCCAGUGCCCGCACUACAGCCAGAGUCUAUCAAUCGCAAGCUCAAGCCAUUCCAGCUCGAAGGCCUGGAUUGGAUGGUGCAACAAGAGAAGACGCACUACAAGGGUGGUCUGCUUGGCGAUGAGAUGGGUAUGGGCAAGACAAUUCAAGCCGUCUCGCUCAUCAUGUCCGACUACCCGCAGAAGCAGCCUACGCUGGUUGUCGUGCCUCCGGUCGCGCUCAUGCAGUGGUCGUCGGAAAUCAAGGAGUACACUGAUGGCAAGCUUAAUGUGCUUGUCUACCACGGCCAGAACAACAAAGUCAAGGGCAUGUCCGUCAGCGCGCUGAAGAAGUUCGAUGUUAUCAUGAUAUCCUACAACAGUCUGGAGUCGCUGCAUCGCAAGGAGACGAAGGGCUGGAGCCGUGGCGAGAACAUCAUCAAGGAGGCAUCGCCGAUUCAUGCCAUCCACUUCCACCGCCUGAUUCUGGACGAGGCACACAGCAUCAAGUCUCGCCAGACUGGAGUUGCCAAAGCCUGUUUCGCACUGACCGGAACGUACAAGUGGUGUCUCUCCGGCACACCAGUACAAAACCGCAUUGGCGAGUUCUUCUCCCUUCUCCGCUUCCUCGAGGUCCGUCCAUUCGCCGACUACUUCUGCAAGCGCUGUCCAUGCAGCAUCCUACACUGGAAACUGAACGAGGAUCACAUGUGUGACAGCUGUAAGCAUUCUGGCAUGGAGCACGUCUCAGUCUUCAACCAGGAAUUGCUCAAUCCGUUGACACAAUCCGAGGAGCCCGAGGAGAGGUCUGCUGCUAUGGACAAGCUUCAUAUGAUUACUGCUCGUAUUAUGCUCAGGCGUAUGAAGCGCGACCAUACCAGCAGUAUGGAGUUGCCGCCGAAGGAGGUCAUUGUGCAUAACGAAUUCUUCGGCGAAAUUGAGCGCGACUUCAGCUCGUCCAUCAUGUCCAAUACGGCUCGCCAAUUCGAUACUUACGUCGCCCGCGGUGUGAUGCUCAACAACUACGCCAACAUCUUCGGUCUGAUCAUGCAGAUGCGCCAAGUCGCGAAUCAUCCUGAUCUGCUUCUGAAGAAGCACGCACAGGAAGGCCAGAAUGUCCUUGUGUGCAACAUCUGCGACGAGGUGGCUGAGGAGGCCAUUCGCUCACAGUGCAAACACGACUUCUGCCGCAGCUGCGUCAAGUCUUACCUCCAGUCUGUCGAAGAGGCUGAUGGUGAUGCCGACUGCCCACGCUGCCACAUCCCUCUCGCCAUCGACCUCGACCAGCCCGAAAUCGAGCAAGACGAGGAUGUUGUCAAGAAGUCGUCCAUCAUCAACCGCAUCAAGAUGGAGAACUGGACCUCGUCAACUAAGAUCGAGAUGCUCGUCUACGACCUCUACAAGCUCCGCUCCAAAAAGCAGACACUGAAGUCCAUCGUCUUCUCUCAGUUCACCUCCAUGCUCCAGCUCAUCGAGUGGCGUCUCCGCCGCGCAGGCUUCAACACAGUCAUGCUCGACGGCAGCAUGACUCCCAUCCAACGUCAGAGAUCGAUCGAAUACUUUAUGACCAACACCGACGUCGAAGUCUUCCUCGUCUCUCUCAAAGCUGGCGGUGUGGCGCUCAAUUUGACCGAAGCCAGCCGUGUUUUCAUUGUCGACCCGUGGUGGAACCCAGCUGCGGAGUGGCAAAGCGCCGAUCGCUGUCAUCGUAUUGGGCAGCGUAGGCCUUGCGUCAUUACUCGGCUGUGUAUUGAGGAUUCGGUCGAGUCGAGGAUGGUGAUGUUGCAGGAGAAGAAGGCCAAUAUGAUUAAUGGGACGAUCAACAACGAUAAGAGUUCUAUGGAGAAGCUGACACCGGAGGAUAUGCAGUUCCUGUUCAGAGGUACCUAG